AUGUGGGCGGCCAGGAAGAUGGCGUCCACAGCAAGAUCAGCCACCCACGGGGCGCUCACCUUUGAGCUGGUAGCCCAGUGCUCUACCACACGAGCCCGCGCCUCCGUCCUCACCCUGCCCCACGGGCCCGUCAACCUGCCCAUCUUCAUGCCGGUGGCCACGCAGGCCUCGCUCAAGGGCAUCACGCCCGAGCAGCUGGAGCAGACCGGCUGCCGCCUGUGCCUCAACAACACGUACCAUCUGGGCCUCAAGCCCGGCCAGGAGGUCCUCGACGCCGUCGGCGGCGCGCACAAGCUGCAGGGCUGGGGUCACAACAUCCUGACUGACAGCGGAGGGUUCCAGAUGGUCUCCCUCCUAAAGCUCGCGACCAUAACCGAAGAGGGCGUCCGCUUCCUCUCCCCCCACGACGGCACGCCCAUGCUCCUGACCCCGGAGCACUCCAUGUCGCUGCAGAACUCGAUCGGCUCCGACAUCAUGAUGCAGCUGGACGACGUGCUGGUGACGACGUCGCCCGACGCCGCGCGCAUGCGCGAGGCCAUGGAGCGCAGCGUGCGGUGGCUGGACCGCUGCAUCGCCGCCCACCGCAACACGGCCGCGCAGAACCUCUUCUGCAUCAUCCAGGGCGGGCUCGACGUCGGCAUGCGCCGCGAGUGCACGGCCGCCAUGGUCGCCCGCGACACGCCCGGCAUCGCCAUCGGCGGGCUGAGCGGCGGCGAGGCCAAGGCCGACACCUGCCGCGUCGUCGCCGCCUGCACCGCGAUGCUGCCCGACCUCAAGCCGCGCUACGUCAUGGGCGUCGGCUACCCCGAGGACCUGGUGGUCAGCGUGGCCCUGGGCGCCGACAUGUUCGACUGCGUGUGGCCGACGCGCACGGCCCGGUUCGGCAACGCCGUCACCCGCUUCGGCAUGCUGAAGCUCAAGCACUCCGAGUACGCGAACGACUUCCGCGUCGUCGAGGAGGGCUGCGGGUGCGUCUGCUGCCGGCCCAGGGGGGACGUGAGGGACGGGGUCGAGGGCCUGGGCAUCACAAGGGCCUUCAUACACCACAACGUCGGUAAGGAGACCGUCGCGGCUCAUCUGCUCACUAUUCACAACGUCUGGUAUCAGCUGAACCUCAUGAGAGAGGUGAGGGAUGCCAUCAUUGCGGACCGUUUUCCUGCCUUCAUCAAGGCCUUCUUUGCGAAACUGUACCCAGAUAGAAGCCAGUACCCCGAGUGGGCGGUGGAUGCGCUCCGAGGAGUCGCGGUGGAUUUAAUGCAAGACUAG